AUGUAUGUGAAAUGCUUUGAUACAGUAAUGUUAUACUAUGUGAUUUUAGUGAAUUUAGUGAAUGUCACUUUUACAACUUUCAAAUUUCCCGCCGUUCCAUCCCCCGUACGUCCUGACAUCGCAGGGAACGGAACCCAGAAGACAGAUGCCGGCAUUGGGACACUGCAGGAGGGACAUCGUGGGAGCGAAGGACAAGGUAAGAGAAGAAGAGAUCCCAGAGCAACGCUGCAGGAUAUUCCCGAGUGUAGCUCGGGGUUACCGCUUAUGCUACACUCGGGAAUACCUCCAGGGAGGUUAAGC